AUUGAGAGGAGCUGCAUCCUCUCCUCAGCACCACAGAGGCAGACGAGGAAGCAUCCUUUUCCAGUCUCCAUCUCCUUGCGAGAAAUGACAUAUGAUUAAGCCAAGGACAUGACAUUCCGGUAGCAAGGCACCUUCAUACACAUCAGUAUCAUUCUGCGAAGCAGAACCAUUAUUCGCAGUCGUAAUCUAGGCUCAAGGAUCGGGAUUCUGAGCAUCUGGAGAGCGGUGAAUCCCCCAAGAGCCGACCGAGGAGGAGGGGAGCCUUGGAAAGCACUGGAUGCUGUGAUCAGUCCCUGUGAUCAGCUCGGAUCAGACACACGGCAAGAGGGAGGAUGCUGCUGUUGCGGCUCUGCAAGGUCGGGAUCUAGCACUGAAGCAGAUCUAUCAGCCAGCAUCGCCAAGAUCAGCAGCGGCACCUGUAUUGUACUGAACAGACGUUUGCUUCUGUUCUUCUCUUCUUCUUAUGUUUGCCAAAAAUACCGGAGAAUCUUCUGCUCCCUUUGGGACUAUGCCUGUUCCAGACCAACCGUCAUGUUCAGAAAAGUCUAAUACACUUAGCCCAGUGAUGAAUACAUCUAAUGGAGAUGGAUCGGAAACAGAGACAACUUCAGCUAUCCUUGCGUCUGUCAAGGAACAGGAGCUGCAAUUUGAAAGACUGACUCGAGAACUUGAGGCUGAACGACAGAUUGUUGCAAGUCAAUUAGAAAGAUGCAAACUUGGAUCAGAAACUGGCAGUAUGAGUAGCAUCAGAAGGACCUCAUCAAAGUUGACCCUUCAUAAUGACGUGUUGAAUGUACCUGCAAACUCCCAGUUUAGCGAAUACAUACCUAUGUGUCAUAAUCGAAUUGGUUCUACAGAGGAACAAUUCCGCUGGCAAACACAAGAUGGCCAGAAAGACAUAGAGGAUGAAUUAACAACUGGCUUAGAACUGGUUGACUCAUGUAUUAGAUCGUUGCAGGAAUCAGGAAUACUUGACCCUCAGGAUUACUCCACUACUGAAAGACCCAGCCUCCUAUCCCAGAGUGCGCUUCAGCUCAAUUCUAAACCUGAAGGGUCUUUUCAGUAUUCAUCAAGCUACCAUAGCAACCAGACCCUUGCCUUGGGGGAAACAUCAGCGUUGUCGUUCACGGGCCGCAGCAAUCAAGCAAGAUCUGCCAUUCAGAGCUACAACCAAGGCACAACAAGCAGAACAACUCAUUCAUCUGGAGCUGAACCCUCUCAAUCACAUGCUACCUCCCAGUCAAGAGAGUCCUUUGUGCCAAGCCAUGGGAGUGCGUUCCAUUUGCCUGAUUCCCAGCAUUCUUCAACACUUUAUUAUUCAAGCUCAACUCUGCCAGCUCAGAGAGUAAGCUCUCCUUUAUCCAUGCAGCAAGUAGGAUCUCCAACCAAACUCCAGAGAGUGGGCUCUGCCUCCGAGAGCUCUGGCUACAGCACCACUCAGAGGGUUUCAUCUCCAAAGCAGUCCCCUAGCCGCCUUGCCAAGUCUUACAGCACCAGUUCGCCAAUCAACAUAGUUGUGUCAUCAGCUGGUCUUUCCCCUUCAUCUGUACGCGUGACUUCACCACCAACCAUCCAGUCAAAUAUAUCUUCUUCACCUCUGCAUCAGUUGAGUUCAACCAUUGGCACCUAUGCCACACUAUCACCCCCAAAACGCCUUGUUCACACCUCAGAUCAGUACAAUAAGCAUUCACAAGAACUGUAUGCAACAGCCACCUUGCAGAGACCUGGCAGUCUUGCAGCUGGGUCUCGAGCAUCUUACACCAGCCAGCACAGUCAUUUGGGCUCUGAGCUGAGGGCCUUGCAGUCACCAGAACAUCAUAUAGAUCCAAUUUAUGAAGACAGAGUUUAUCAGAAGCCACCAAUGAGAAGUCUUAGCCAAAGCCAGGGAGAUCCUUUACUGCCGGCCCAUACCAGUUCAUAUCGCACCAAUACAGACACUGUCCCUGAUUUUGAUCCCAUGUCCCUGAUUUUUAAGAGUGUUGUCCCUGAUUUCUCAGUGGGAGAUUUGAGAGCCCCAUCUUCCCCUGGUGUCGACUCCGUACCCUUACAGCGCACAGGCAGCCAACAUGGCACUCAGAAUCCAACAGGAACGUUCCAGAGGGCCAGCUAUGCUGCAGGCCCUGCCGCCAAUUACGCAGACCCCUACCGACAGCUGCAGUAUUGUCCUUCAGUUGACUCACCUUACAGCAAGUCUGGCCCAGCUAUACCACCUGAAGGAACAUUAGCUAGGUCGCCUUCCAUCGAUAGCAUUCAAAAAGAUCCCAGGGAGUUUGGGUGGAGGGACCCUGAGCUACCCGAGGUGAUUCAAAUGUUACAGCAUCAGUUCCCUUCAGUGCAGUCUAAUGCAGCUGCCUACCUGCAGCAUCUCUGUUUCGGAGACAAUAAAAUUAAAGCAGAGAUAAGAAGACAAGGUGGGAUUCAGUUAUUGGUUGAUCUGCUGGAUCAUCGGAUGACAGAAGUUCAUCGCAGUGCUUGUGGAGCUUUGAGGAACUUAGUUUAUGGCAAAGCAAACGACGAUAACAAAAUUGCCCUAAAAAACUGUGGCGGUAUCCCAGCUUUAGUACGACUACUUCGCAAGACCACAGAUCUGGAAAUCAGAGAACUUGUAACAGGAGUCUUGUGGAACCUGUCUUCUUGUGAUGCCCUUAAAAUGCCAAUAAUACAAGACGCCCUUGCAGUGUUGACCAAUGCGGUGAUCAUCCCACACUCUGGAUGGGAAAAUACUAUACUUCAGGAUGACCGCAAAAUACAGCUGCAUUCAUCACAGGUGCUGCGCAAUGCCACUGGGUGCCUACGAAAUGUGAGCUCUGCUGGUGAGGAGGCACGCAGGAGAAUGAGGGAAUGUGAUGGACUUACAGAUGCGUUGCUUUAUGUCAUCCAGUCUGCACUUGGAAGCAGUGAAAUAGAUAGUAAGACCGUAGAAAACUGUGUGUGUAUCUUGAGGAACCUCUCAUACCGGUUAGCUGCAGAAACAUCUCAGGGACAGCAGAUGGGAACUGAAGAACUUGAUGGACUGCUUUGUGGUGACACCAACGGUAAAGAUACUGAAAGUUCAGGAUGCUGGGGCAAGAAGAAGAAGAAAAAGAAAUCCCAAGAUCAGUGGGAUGGAGUAGGACCUCUCCCUGACUGUGCAGAUCCACCAAAAGGAAUUCAGAUGCUAUGGCAUCCUUCAAUAGUUAAACCCUACCUCACUCUUCUGUCUGAGUGCUCAAACCCUGAUACGCUGGAAGGCGCAGCAGGAGCAUUACAGAACCUGGCUGCGGGGAGCUGGAAGUGGUCCAUAUACAUACGUGCUGCUGUUCGUAAAGAGAAAGGUCUGCCUAUUCUUGUGGAGCUUCUUCGAAUAGACAAUGACAGAGUGGUCUGUGCAGUAGCCACUGCUUUACGAAAUAUGGCCUUAGAUGUCAGAAAUAAAGAACUAAUAGGCAAAUAUGCCAUGCGGGACCUUGUCCACCGUCUUCCUGGGGGAAACAACAGCAACAACUCAGGGAGUAAGGCGAUGUCAGAUGACACUGUUACAGCUAUCUGCUGCACUCUUCAUGAAGUGAUAACAAAAAACAUGGAGAAUGCCAAAGCCUUAAGGGAUGCAGGAGGCAUCGAAAAGCUGGUUGGCAUUUCGAAGAGUAAAGGAGACAAGCAUUCCCCAAAAGUAGUGAAAGCAGCAUCUCAGGUCCUAAACAGCAUGUGGCAGUAUAGAGACCUCAGAAGUCUUUACAAAAAGCAGGAUGCCCCAGGCUUGAAAGUGAAUGAGGAGAGAGGAUAUUCACCUACCCUUCAAUCUGAGCCAGACAACGCUCUGUAUACCCUCACCCAGGGCCAAGCGACCAGAAUCAAUUCCCAAAUCCAGGAUGGAUGGUCACAGUAUCAUUUUGUAGCCUCAUCAUCAACUAUUGAAAGAGACAGACAAAGACCGUACUCUUCUUCUCGUACACCUUCCAUAUCUCCAGUUCGGAUGUCUCCCAAUAACCGAUCAGCAAGUGCCCCAGCCUCCCCUCGGGAAAUGAUCAGCCUCAAAGAAAGGAAAGCUGACUACGAAUCCACAGGAUCAAAUGCCACCUACAAAGGAGAACACACUUCCAGGAAAGACGCAAUGACAGCGCAAAACUCUGGAACCUCAACUUUAUAUAGGAAUUCCUAUGGUACACCUGCAGAAGAUAUUAAACACAACCAGGUAGCAAGUAUUCUUAUAUCUCUACCUGAGGAUAGAAACAGGGUGGGUGUUAGCGGCCCUGCAACAUCUUUAACUAUUUCUACACAGCCUGUUCCCCAAGAAUCCGCUAGAAAAGACUAUGACAACUACCAACCGUUUCAGAAUUCAACACGAAAUUAUGAUGACUCCUUCUUUGAGGAUCAGGUGCACCAUCGUCCUCCAGCCAGCGAGUACAAUAUGCAUUUGGGACUAAAGUCAACUGGCAAUUAUGUUGACUUCUAUUCUGCUGCUCGUCCCUAUAGUGAACUGAAUUAUGAAACAAGCCACUACCCUGCGUCUCCAGACUCCUGGGUGUAAGACUUGAUCGUGAAACAAAGAUCCAGCCUCUCCAGACUACUGGAUUUGAGACUUGAUCAUGACGCAAAGAUCCAGGAAACUGUGCAUGUGCAUGCAUAUCACAAGACAUCUUUCCUUGCAAAUUUAGUUUGUCAAGCCUGUUCCUUAGAAAGGCCCUUAUUACUAUUGUGGAAAAAUGAUUAUGGUGUUUUAGAAGGCUGGUGUUGUGGAAACUAAUAUUUUGUAAAAAAAAUAAUAAUAAUAAUAAUAAUUACUAAGCGUUUUCCCAAGUGAAAAUUUCUGAUUGGAGGGGAAUAUCAAAAUUAUACUAAAGUAGGGUCAUUUAAUAAAGCAUAAUAGCAAUGUUGUGUCACAUGAAUGGCGAAACAGUGGUAGCAUGUUUGUGCUUUAGUAAUUGACCUCAGCGUCUGCAGAAAUAUAGUGUAAAAUGACUGUGUUUUGAGGGUGGCGGGAGAAUGUCCGUAAAGGGGUGUGUGAUACGAUUUUAUGUUAAGCACAAGAAUCUAGUUUACACUAUUUAAGGGGAACAGCUUCUCACAUUUUGUUUACUACUCUCAUCCAUUGUGAAUCUAGGCUUCAAGUUGCAUUUGAGGUUUCCUCUGUACAGCAAGAUGUUUCUUGCUUUUUGUUAAUGCUUUGUUGUAAAGUAUUUGAUGUACAUUACAGAUAAAAAGUGCAUUGUGUAUAUUACACCAAUGCCACAGUGUUUCUUCUUCAUCAGUGAUUCUAAAUAUUGCUUCGAUUUCAACAUUUUGAAAAAAUGUUCAAAUUUCAAUAUUUUGUUCUUCCCCUACCCCAAGUACAUUUUGACAAUUCUGAAGACAAAACAAGUGAGAAAAAUGACUAUAAUAAUAUUUAGCAGUAUUGUUUGUUCUGAUAUGUGAACUUGUUUGUGGCAACUAAAAGCAUUCAGCAAUUUCUGACAUUUAACAUACAUCAUUCCACACUUGUCAACAAAGUGCUUUUUCACUGCCUAAAAUUUUACAUGUAGAUAUUUGAAAUAGAUUUUUUUUUCAUUUUUACCAGUUUUCUUUAUGAUGAUACAGUGUUAACAGAAAAUAAAUUACAAUUGAUCUGUCAUCCA